AUGAAACCAGACUGGCCGAGGAGGGGGGCGGCAGGGGCCGGGGUGCGGAGCAGAGGUGAGGGAGACGGGACUUACUUUGCGAAGCGCGGUGCGGGGCGCCGCUGACGAGAAAUAAAGGCCCCGAUCCGGGCUGCCUGGAGCCCCCCGAGCGCAGCAAUGUCAGGGCUCCAGUCCGGGCGGCGUUGGCGGCCGCAGGGGACGGGGACGGGCGCGCGUGCGGCGGGCGCUCUCGCUGCGCUCCGGCUCGGGCCCCGGCUCCGCGCGGCUCCGCUCCUGGCUCCCCUCUGGCUCCUGGCACCAACUCCGGGCAGUCACAUGACGCCGGCGCCGCUCGCUCUGCGAGCCUCCCGGGGCUGGCGGGCUCUGGAAGAAACCACAUUGAAUUCAUCAUCAUGGUUAACCUUUGGAGAGAGAGAGGAGACCAGGAUGAAGGAGCCAGUCGAAGAUCCUGUUCAAGUGUACGCUGAGCCAGCAGGUUCACCAGAAAGCUAUUGAGCGUUUGCUGGAACACAUUAUGCAGGGUGAAUUUCUUCUGGAAUGUUGCCAAGGAUUUUUUAUGCUUCUGUGGCAGGCAUUUCUUGAACAUUGUCAUUUAGCCAAGCAAAGAAGAUUUUCUUAAAGGAUAGAAAAUGUUUAAAAAUUUUUGUUUGUUUAAAAAUAGGUUAAAUGGCAAUAUGAUCUCAGGAUAAGACAGAGAAAAGCACUUAUUCCUCUAAGUGAUCUGAUUAG